AUGAGGUCAGAUUCUUGCGAGCUAGGUGAUCUUCCUCAGUCACUGGGGUCUCUUGGGGGUGUCACCAGUGGCGAUUUCUCUUCUCGGACUGUCAUGGCUUCUACUGGUCAGGGCGGUAUGAGUAUCCUGGAGUCUGGAGGUGACGGGGUGAUGGGUUCUGCCGGGAUAGACUCCGAUGCUGUCUCCUUUAAGUGGAAAGGUGGUGCUCCUUUAAUGGAUAAUGGCGACUUUAGUGGAGAGAUGGUUUGGGGUUGCAAACCUAAGCCAUGCUGGGGGGUUCCGCGUGGUGAGCUUGAGUUCAAGGGUGCUUUCGAUGAGGCUUCUAAUAAUCUUAUUAGAGCCGGAGGGAAGUUUGCUGCGUUGAUUCAACUUUAUGACGGAGCGCUCAAGGGUGCUCGGAGCGGAGUUGAUCAAAUUAAAGCCGAUUUGUUUGAUAACUUUGAUGGUGAUGCUGCAGUUAGGUUUCGAGAAGAAAAGAUUGCUUUUGAAAAGAAGAUAGAAGCUCUCAAAGGCGAGGUUGCGAAGGUGUCCGGCCUUGAGGUUGAAAAUAAUCAACUUCGGGACAAAAUUACGCAACUGGAGGAUAAAGCCUGUCGGGACAUGGAAAAUUCGAUUGCCGAGAUGGCUCGUCUUCGCAAGUCCCGGAAGAAGUGGGCUGAGUUGACGGCUGCUCAAGUGUACGAAUCAAUGCAUAAUUGGUAUACUCCGAGGUUGGAUCGUAUAGGUAGAUACGUCAGUCAGCGGGAUGCAGUGGAGAAGGCGGUGAUUAGGAUUCAAGUCGACGAGGCUCUUCUUUCCUAUGUCAGGAAAAUAAAGGGGGUCGAGCAGGAUUUUGAUGCGGUGGAGAAGAUGCUUGCGGCCCGGUUGCGGGAGAGUAAGGCCGCCGGGACUUGGUCGAGGAUGACGAAGUUGAAGCUGAUGACUAUGCUCCGCCCUAAGGUUAGAUCUCGUUUUCAUCUUGCUGAAUUUUGCUUUGACAGCGCAUGGAUUGUUCCACGGAAUUUUGAUCAAUAUGGGUCAAUAUAUCGAACUUUCAGGCCUACCCUAGCUGAGCUGGCGUUUCCGGGAUCCCCAUCGCGUCAUCAAUCGAAGUAG